UUCAAAUAAAAAAAAUGGCGAUUCACAUCCAUAGCGGGAAAAAACAUUUAAAGUGUAAUUUAAAAGAAAGCAAACUCCAAAGCGUUCCGUUUAGGAUACACGCCGAUUGCGACGCCCCCGUGUCUACUUUUUUCGAGCCCUACGUGCAAACUGGCAAAAAUGACAACGACAAAAAUCCUAACCUCACUGCGUCCUUCAGGGGCUACCCUUUGAAGGGGCGAAAAAUCGAGUUGCCCGAGGGCUACGUGGGAGUUUUACUGCACGAGAGCAGUCGCCCUUCGAGGGAAAAGGACGAGAGGAAUUUUUAUGUAGUCAACAAAUUCAAAGAUAUGGUUUACUGGAAUUGGGAUAAGAUUCCUAGUAAAAAUGAUGCCUAUUUGAAUGUGCUCGAUUGGAUCGAUGUGGCAGAAGUUCUUCACAGCCCCAUAACAGAGGAAUAGGAUUCUGGAUUCUUUUUUACCAUACAAGUGCCUUAAAUGCCAUAUUUAUUUGUAAAUAUAGACUGAUUACUCAUUGAAUCACACACACUUGUUUUAAAAUAAGAUAUUUCUUUCUAAUUUAUUUACUUUUUUCUCAAAAACUAUUAAAAAAAAAGCUAUAAAACCUUAUAUCAUUGCUUCUCAGAAAGAGAUAUGCAAUGAAAAAAUAAUAUGAGGUGUCCCAUUUCAAAAAACACAACUUUGGUUAAUAUUCCAAAAUCAGUGGUAUCUGGAAAUAUGCAGUAUAGCCCGGUCACCUAAAAUGGUAUUUUUUUGAAUAGGAAUCCUUUGUUUAACGUUCAAAUAGUGCAUUUUGAAGAAAAUUUUCCAGCGGAAAUCUUUAAUUCAAAAAUUACAAAUUAAAAUUAUACUGAAAAUACUGUUUAUUUGUAACCGACCUAUACUGCACUUUAUCCCCUAAAUAAAUAUGCAGUAUAGCCUGGUCACCUAAAAUAGUAUUUUUUUGAAUAAGAAUCAUUUGUUCAACGUUCAAAUAAAGCAUUUUGAAGUGAAUGUUUCAGCGGAAAUCUUAAAUUGAAAAGUUACAAAUUAAAAUUGUACUGAUUAUACAACUCACUGUACAUUAUUGCCAUAUGACACGAGAGGCUUUAUAAGUGAUAAGCCUUUUGGGAUUAUCGCGCUUGGUGGCAUUUGUCAUUAAUAAUAAUAAAAAUUAAUAAAGCAUAUAAGUUUAGUUCGUUGUAUAACCUUCUGAAUACCACUCGAUGUUUCAGGAUUACCUAAUACUUUUACCUGACUCUCAACGCGUUACCAGCAACACCACUCCUCCUUCGGAGUCGUGGUGUUGCUGCGUAACGCGUUUCGUGACAAGUAAAAGUAUUAACCGGUAAUCCUGAAACCUCUUGUGGUAUUACAUUCGAUUAUUCCACUCAUGUGUUAGAAAUCCCAUGACAAGUGACAAUUUUCAGAAUUACAGCGAAAAUUCUCUUUCCCAUUUGUUUAACUAGAGAGAAUUACAGCGAUAAUUCUCCCAUGUUAUUGUAUAUAUGUUAGUCAUGCUAAUAUUUGAUACAAACAAACGGUUCCUGAUAGCAACCAUUUAUUUGUAUUGAUUGUUAAGAUGUUCAAAUCGUUAAAUACAUAUUUAUUUCCAAAUUUUUUGCAUUCUCAUAAGUGAAGUAGUAGUAAAGUAGUAAAUGUAAUUUUAUUAGGCAAAUAUAUAUAAAUAUACAUACACACACCCAAAAGGCCAUCGACCGAAGUCCUUCAGCCUAAAAAGUAAAUUUGCACUUGUUUGGUUCACAUUCAAAAGAAUUACUGGUUAGAAGAAAAGGAGAUUUGGAUAAAUAGUGUGGAUAUAAAAAAAAAGAAAAAAAAAAUAUAUAUAUACAUUAUAGUUAGCUAAAUAAAUAUGUAAAUAAAUAGGUACACUGUUAUUGAGUUCUUGUUAUCAUUUCCCAUAGAGUAUUUUCUGGAUAUUUAUAGCGUGAAACUUUUCCAGGAGUUCGAAUUUUUAUUAAUGGUCUUAAAAAUUCCAAGUUGUAUGGUUUUUCAGAAAAAUGAUUCGACAGGUGCUGCAAUCUCUCAACAAUUGGUGUGAUCCCUGUUCUAUUGUAUAACUCUUCAUUGGAGGGGUGGUGUAGUGGAUUUCUUGGGUGCCGCAACUUUGUGAUUGCUCGGAGAGCUUUUCUUUCAGCCAUUUCCAAAUUCUGUAGAGCUGGUCUUCUAAUGUUUUGGUAAAGUAAGUGGCCGUAUUCAAUUAAUGGUCUACAAAUACAGGUAUAAAUAUGAGCUGCAGUUUGGAUAGUGAUUCCUUUGUUUUUGUAUGUGAGUGAACGAAAAUGUUUGGCUCUAGUGACUACUCUAAUCUGGACAUUUUUGGUUUGUUGGUUUAGUAACAAUUUGGCAUCCAAUGAGAAACCCAAAUAUUUUACAGAUGGCUGUGCUUGAAUUUGAUGAGUUGAGAUGGUUAUUUUUGGGCUAUUUUCAUUUAAUUUGUGGUUGAAUAUGAUAAAUUGUGUUUUUUCUGGAUUAAGUAGAAUUCUCCAUGUUUGCAACCAUUUCAUUAUCAAAUUUACAAGUGAUUGUAAUUUUUCCAUCACACCAGAAAGAGUUGUAGAAUGUGCUACUCCACCAGUGUCGUCUGCAAACUGCAGAACAUAUGCGUCUUCGACCCCCAGUGCAUUUGAAUUGAAUAUGUCGUAGCAGAAUACAUUGUAUAAUAGUGGAGAUAGUGGUGAGCCUUGAGGUACGCCUUGUGAUGGAUAGAAUAUUUCUGAGCAUAUCGAGUUUAUCUGGAUGAAUAGCUCUCGGUUUUCUAGGAAGUUCUUAAUUAGACAGAUCAGAUGUUUGGGUACUUUGAGAAUAAACAAUUUGUAUAAAAGACCUUUGAACCAGACACUGUCAAAGGCUUUUUGGAUAUCUAGGAAAACUGCUGCCGAUUUCUUGUUUUCAUGUUUCAUUGUUUGUAUAUUGGACAUCAAAAUUGUCAGAGGAUGGAGGGUGGAUCUUUUUGUUUGGAAACCAAAUUGAUGUUUUGGAAUGCUUUCGCUCACAUAGAAGUCCAGAACCUUCCGUACAACCUUUUCAAAAAGCUUCCCAAUCGCUGGUAGCAAGGUUAUUGGUCGGUAAUUACUUAGUUUUGUUCUGUCUGGAUUACCUUUAGGAAUUACUGUUAUUUUGCCUUUUUUUCCACACUGUUGGAAAAUGAUUAUUGCUCAAGCAGAAUUCAAAUAGCCUGAUAAUGUGUUUGUGUAUAGUUAAAUCUAGCUUUUUGAUAAUAUUCCAGGGUAUAGAAUCAUGACCAGGUGAGGUAUUUUUCUGUUUAGUUAAGAUAUUAAAGUAGUCUUCUUGAUUGACAGCAUAGUUUUCAUAAGAGUUUUCUGUAAAGAAUUCUUGAUACCAGUUGUUGAUGAGUGCUUCUUGGUCUUUGUUGAACUCCUGAUGUGUCUUGUACUCGAAAACCUUUUCAAAGUGACGCUUGAACACACCUGCUUUUUCUUGAUCUGUGUUGAAUGACUCUCCGUUAUCAUCGAUAGUGGGUAUGUUGAAGGAUGGCUUGUAUUUGGACAAUUUUUUGAUUUUCUGGGAAUAGUUUCUUCCUUUUAGUUCGUUAACUUCAUCGCAAACUUCAAUCCAUUUACUUGUUCUGUAUUCUUUGAUCAUAUUUUGAAUGUUUUUGUUAUAUUCGUUUAUGUGUCUUUUUAUUUCCGGCCUUUUGUUUCGACAGUAUUCUCUGAACAUUUUUCUUUUCACUUUUAUCAUUUUAAUUAUAAAUGGAGGAAGAACAUGCCCGUAGAAUUUACGUUGAUACUUUGGCGUAUUAUCCAGUAUUGCAGUUUGUAGCGUGU